AUAACAGUUGAAUCCAAAUCAAACGGUGGAAAAAUGAAGUUUAUGGUUGUGUGUAUGUGCGCCCUCGUGGCUAGCAGCAUGGCUGCAACUAAGAUCAAGCGAGGCAUCUUCGGAGAAGCUGGUGGUAAUGGUGGUCAUGGUGGUCAUGGUGGUCAUGGUGGUCAUGGUGGUCAUGGUGGUGAUGGUGGACAUGGUCUUAGCCAAGGCUACGACCAAGGAGCAUCGUUGGAUUAUCAACAAUCAUCAGGCUACCAACAGGACUUUGGACAAUCAUCAGGCUACGAAGCCCAACAGAACUUUGGACAAUCAUCAGGCUACCAAGCCCAACAGCACUUUGGACAAUCAUCAGGUGGCUACAACUAUGAAGCACCACAGCAUCAUGUGCGAACCGUUGAAAAAAUCGUUUAUAGAGAUCGACCAGUGCCACAACCCUACCCAGUGGAGAAAAUAGUUGAGAAAAUCGUCGAUCGCCCAGUCGAAGUUAUCAAGCACGUUCCACAACCUUACCCAGUUGAGAAAAUCGUUGAGAAAGUCGUCGAUCGCCCAGUCGAAGUUAUCAAGCACGUCCCACAACCUUACCCAGUUGAGAAAAUCGUUGAGAAAAUCGUCGAUCGCCCAGUCGAAGUCAUCAAGCACGUCCCACAACCAUACCCAGUUGAGAAAAUCGUUGAAAAAGUCGUCGAUCGCCCAGUUGAAGUUAUCAAGCACGUCCCACAACCUUACCCAGUUGAGAAAGUCGUAGUUAAAACCGUCGAUCGACCAUAUGAAGUCAUCAAGCACGUCCCACAACCUUAUCCAGUCGUCCAAACUAAAGUCGUCGAACGUACAGUACCACAACCAUACCCAGUUCAUGUUCCACAGCCCUAUCCAGUUGAGAAAAUCGUUGUCAAACACGUUGAUCGUCCAGUAGCUGUGCCUCAUCCAGUACCACAACCUUACCCAGUUGAAAAGGUCGUCCACGUUCCACAACCAUACCCAGUAGAAAAAUUGGUCGUUAAACAUGUUGAUCGUCCAGUCCAUGUCCCUCAACCAUACCCAGUAGAAAAAAUUGUUCAUGUGCCACAACCUUACCCAGUUGAAAAAGUGGUCGUGAAGCACAUUGAUCGGCCAGUUCCAGUCCCUCACCCAGUACCUCAGCCAUACCCUGUAAAAGAAAUUGUUGUCAAAGAGGUGCCAGUCGUUAAGCAUGUGCCAGUUCCAGUUCACCAUCAUCAACCACAGCAAUACACUAUUCUCUUGCAAAACCAACAAUCACAUGGUUGGGCUGCACAACGAUCAAACUACGGAUGGUCAGGGUAAAAGGCGUCCGACUAGCUGUGAUCAUAAAAUAUAAAACGCAACUCUCGAUCGUUUCAACAAACACCUUGAGACUUCGUUUUUCUUUUGCUGUUAUUUCUUUUUAUGAUGAUUUUUUAUGCAACGUUAAAAGCAAAAUGUGAUGAAUAAAACGUUUAAAAUUGGAAAAAACUAAUAAUAAA